UGCAGCGUCGAGAGCUCGCGAAAUGCCAGUGAUUCGACGCGACUUCAGCUACGCGCACUACGAGAGUUUUUCUCCUCGCGAGAGACGAGGGGACCGCCCGGCUGGCUGCUCGUCGCUGCUCGCUGCCACUGGCCGACCACGAGCUUCUCGCCAGCCGCUUGCCGUCUACCGUGUCUCGCUGCUCCCCCUGAUCCUCCGACCAGCCUCGAAGGGUGGAUUCGCGUCGCGACGACUCGCGACGGUUCGCGCCUCGUGCCUCGAGUACGCGCCGCGCCGACGACGCGACCCACCGCCACCGACUCGCCUCGCCUCGCCUCGCCUCGUAGCAUAGCUUCUUCCCCCUGGUUCUCCCCUUUUGCCGAACUCCCAACCACCGAGGUGACGCUGUUUCAGUUUUACAACCAGUCUUUCGAUUCGAUUCGAUUCGAUCCUCUUUACAGACUGAACGUCUGUUGGUGGUGCUUCUUCUUGGUUCUUGUGCUCGACGCUCGCGAACAACCGGCGACUUCUAUUUGAAAGAACGAUCCGCGCGCCGGCCGAUUCAGGUCGAUCCGUAAUGGAAUGAUACGGAUUCGUGGUGGGCCGAGUGUCGCGAAGGAUACGCCUUCUCCGCGCGCGCGCCGCGAUCUUCCGAGAACUCGAAGACCUUGGAGUCGCGUGAGCGCGAUCGAAGGGAAAGAGGUCCUGUUUGUUGUAACCAGUGCGACUCUCCCUCGACCGGGAAUUACGCGAGAUAGAGGGGUUUCCGUGGAACGCGGCAGUGACACCCUAGUGCCCUAUAGGAUUCGCGUGCACAGUUGAGACGGUAGUUGGGUGGUGCACGAGCAAGGAAAUAUUGCCGCGGCAGUGUGCGUCGCGUGAAAAAUGAAAACGCGCAACCGUACGUAGCGGCGAUUAUCCGUCGCGUUCCGAUGAUUUCGUGAUGGUGCAACGUGCAACGUGUAUCGUGCAACUUCGCGGCAGAUUUUCGAUCCGAUGGUUUUGGUGUCGUGCCCGAUAAGGAGAGUACGCGGACGGCGGCAGUGUUCCGGUUCCCGGGAGUUUCGAACAAGUUUCGCGUUGUUCCGCGGUGUUCCGCGCCGGCUCGAAAUAAUAAAUACAACAACGCCGGCAUUCAACGGCGGCGGGACAAGGGGAGGGUGAAAUCGGUGUCGUAAUCGUUCGAGGGCGGAGAAAGUAUCGUCCAAGAUCUUCUCAGCGAUCACGAGAUAGUUUCGUAGGAGGCGCGUGCACGGGGAGAACGGUAUCGCGCGCUGCUCUUCGAGAAAGUUGACUGCAGCCGGUCCGUUGGAACGACCACAACAAACGCUCGUCGAUUCUUCUGGUCUUCGAGAACCUCCGAAAAUAUCCUGCAGCUCGAAACGAGAACGCGGGACCAGGAUCUGGACAUCCUGGACUCGAAUUAAAGCCAGAUCUACGCCGGUGUCCAUUGAACAGCGAUACCAGGACACGCGGAAACAAGGCGUAUUCCACGCCUAAGCGGCUGCAACGUCGACGCCGGUUGAGCUGGUCACGACGUAAUAUUAUUUUCCAUGCAGCGUCGUUGCGAGCACACCGGCACGAGCAUAAGCGCGAGCAUAAGCGCGAGCGUCAGCAUUCGAGUGCCGAAUCGCUUUUUGCCGAAGGAAUAUCCCGGUCGGUCGCAGGACAGGGACAAGGGAGGAGAAGGGCGAUGAGGAGAAUGGAGGAGGGACGACGCGGACGCGGCUACGGCUACGGCACGUCGAAAAAGGAAAGCCACGGUGAUUCGCGACUCGAAGGCCUCGGUGUUGCACCUUAAGAUCUCAGAAACGCGCAAGCGUGCUCGCUCGCCGAGAUCGAGAGCCCCCGAGGAAAGGAACGACCGCCGAUAUACCGAUGGAUCGGAGGGAGACGGAGCUCGGAGAGCCAAUGCGGAGAGCGAGCUAGGCAGAUCUCUCUCCUUGGAAGGACUUUUCGAUCGAGGUGGACGCGCGUGGCUUGUUCGAAGGGCUUUGGAGAAUCGGUUCUCGAUCCUCGAGGAGUCCUCGAGGAAAUAUCUUAAACCGAUAGUUUUUUUUUUACGUAGAGCUAAACGGGAACGGGGAUCUCCGAUAGAACGAUGAUAUCCUCUAGACCAUCGAAAAACCGAGAGUGAUUCUUUUUGGAAAGAAGGUGAGAAGAAGAGCGAGAUCAUUUUCUACUCGAGGGGAAAAAAGCCUCGGCGACGCGUGGAACGGUAAAAGGAAUGCUCGAAAAUGCGAGAGAAACUCGUUCGGUGAACGCAGGGCCAAACCCAUGAGGCCGCUGUCCUUCGAGAACUUGAGGAGGCUCGUCGGCCGCAAGAAGGACCGUAACGAGCCGUCCUUCAAGCGCAGCGAGUCCUUCAAGCGGAUAUCGAUCAGGAAGAGUUAUUUGGACCGCGGCAAGCGACGGAACAAGCUUCAGAAGAGCGUGGAGCCGGCGGUUCCGCCUGCGAUCGACGCGAACUCGAAGGAGAAACCGUUGUGCAAGGGCACCAUCGUCAAGGAGGAGAUCAUCGAGAAGGAGCCGAGGAGCAUCGUGAUCAGAGACGACGCGAUCAAGGAGCAGAAAUCGAAGAAGCUGCAGGAUGACACGCUGAGCCGCGAGUCGAUCAGCUACGACGAGUGGUUGCAGGGUGUCGGCUCGUCUUCGAAGGAGAAACUAACGGAGGAUUUGCAGCAGAACAAGCAGCACCCGGCGCAAAGGAAGAACAAACUCUGCGGCAAGGUUCGGAAGCCGAGCGAGGCCGCCGAUCACGUGGCCGAGGACCUCAAGGUCCUCGAACUGGAGGCGUCGCCCGUGCUGUCCUCGAAACCGAACUGCUGGAGCUGCCCGCUCCGAGGUUCCACCGAGAAGAUCGAGGAGCAGAUCAAAGCCGAGCAGGAGAUUCUGCAGACGCAGGAGCAGCACCCCGUCGAAGGACCUCCCAGCGUCAGUAUCAGUCUGGGCAGGAUCUGGAGGGACGCGGUUCCGGUUUCGGUCUCGGCCUCGAACCCGGUCCCGUACGCUUCCUCGGGACCCUCGGUUCACCGUUCGCUGGACAGCGCUCUCAAGGAGAGGAAACCUCAGCCCACGGUCGCCAGGACCGUCUCCGCGCCGGAGAAAACCUCGGCCAGCAAGGACUCCUCGUCCGCGUUCGGCUUCUCUCUCAGGAUCGCCAAGCUGGCCGGCUUUCGUGCAGCUAGGGGCACGAGGAACGGCUUGUUCAACCGGCGGGCGCAGAAACCGGCGCCGAGCGUCAGCACCGACGGCUAUUUCAAGAGAACGAACGCGUCGAGGCGGUCCAGUUCUCGGCGCAAGGGUAAGCGGACCUCGCAGAGGACGAAGAAGAAGCCGACGCAUCAACAGCAGAAACAGCUGCAGCAGCAGCAACAACUGCAGCAGCAACAGACGGAUCAGCAACUGCAACAAGCGCCGCGAUCGAUCGCGCGCGAUCACAGCCCGGUGUGGUUCGUUCCGCCGGAGAGGAGACGUUCGCGACGUCAGCGUCGAGUUUGGCGGGAGAUCAGGUACCUUCCGGAUGCCGAAGACUCGGUGGCCGAGCGAAUCGACGAUUGGUCGUCGAAUCUAUCCGACGACCAGUUCGACGACCUGAAGCUGCUGCUGUCCGGAGACUUUAACGACAAACGGGACGAAGGGGCGCUGAACUCGUUGAUCUCGUCCUCGCUGGGCUCGUUCUCGGCUACGUCCUCGUCGUCGUUGGGCACGGUGACGGCCACGAUCGCGUCCUGUCCGGCGUCGUGCACCGCGCCGCCCAAGAUCAGCGACUUCAACGAGGACAAGCUGUUUUCGGAGGAGCUGCGCACCAGAGGUCUGCUGACCCGUCGAACCACCUGGCAGCCAGCGACGUCGAACUUCUUCGCCAGCAACCAAUUCCUCAGUUUUCUGUCCAAAGGGCAGAGCAAUCUUAUCGGCAAAGAGAAGUCGAGGACCGAGGCGAGUUACUACAGGUGUCUCUCGUCGACCGACACCGAUACCGACGCGGACGCCGAUACCAAUACCAACACCGACACCAACACAGACACCGACACGGACACCGACACCGAGUUGGAGGGCGAGCCUGGCUGCCGGGUCGGCCUUGAACGACGGAAGAGCUCGCACCCCGCUCAGAGACAGCACCAGCUGAAGAGACAAAGGUCGGGGCUCAGGCGGAGGCCUCUCAGAAGAAAGUCCCAGCUGAGGAAGGCUUCCGGCCAGCCUGUCUUCCUCGUAAGGAAAUGCUCGUCCUUGAGGAAGAGACCUAGGGACAUAACGCAAAAGGGCUACGAAAAGAAAAGGACACGUCUACUUCAACAAUAUGCCUCGAAGCAGCUGGGGGCUGGAAACGAUGGAGGAGGUGUCGGCGUCCUCGGUAUCGAAAGGGUCGAGAGAACCGGGUAUGGAACCGGGUAUGGAAGCGGGGGUGUCGGUGGUGUUGGCGUCGGCGUUGGCGUCGGUGUCGGUGUCGGCGUCAGUGUCGGUGGCCGACCACAGCCACGUGCACGCCGCACGCAACGCCGUGCCAUGCACAACGAGAAGCGCUAUCAUUCAGGAGGCCGGCUAGUACCUGGCGGGAUCGCUAGUCCCCCGGGAUCUGGCGGCUCGACCGGAAACACCGGGAACUCGAACUCGGCGGCUGCGAGACGCGGCAAUCGCAGACUCACGCGCAAUGAGAGCCGCUAUCAUUCCGAGGUGCGGCAGGAGGCGGUACAGCAGGCUUUGGCAGCGAUGCAGGGUCGGCCGAAGCCAUCGCUGCCGAUGCCGUCGAAGAGGACCUCCGUGAUGGCCAGGAGCCCGGACCGGGAGCGUCGCGACAGCGGCGAGUCCAGCAGCGACGAGGACAGCGUGGUCACCGAGGAGAGCCCCGGCGCCGGUGGUCCGACGGGCACAGGACUGUCGGACACGAGCAGCACCGGUUCAGCGCGCGAUACGCCUCCGCCUCCGAGACCACCAGCCAGGAGACCUCCUGGCGCGGACAUCACGGACAUCGCGGAGUACACGCCCCAUGCCUACUGCAACAUCCAGCCGCCGGACGUGACGCACACGGGCAACACGCCGGCGGCUCAGCAGUCGACCAGGCGGCCGGGCGCCGAUCGCGUGAAUCGGUACCACGGGGUCGAGGACCAGAACAAUACCGGGACCACCGGCCGAUGGAAGGUGUCCGCGAAAAUUCAGCAGCUGCUCAACACCCUGAAGCGGCCGAAGCGUCGGCCGUUGCCCGAGUUUUACGAGGACGACGACAUCGAGCUCGAAAUCGCAGCCAAUCCGAAGGACCCGAACGCCCCGAAGCCCGAGGGCGGAUCCAUGACCUCCGCGGUCGGUGAACCGACCUCGGUAGCCGCCGGACUCCCAAGGUCGCUCGAGGCCGCUAUUCAGAGGUACGGCUCGUCGACCUGCAAAGCGCCGGUCGCGACGGUCCUCGAUCCGAACGGCAAGUUCUGCGUGACGCUGACCUACGGCAAGCUUUUAAGCCGUUCCCACAAAAUAGCGUACACGCUGCUGAACAAGGCGCUGAGCCGCGGUGGCGACUGCUGCCUGAAACCCGGCGACAGAAUCGCUCUGGUUUACCCGAACAACGAUCCGAUCAGCUUCAUGUGCGCCUUCUACGGUUGCCUUCAGGCCGGCAUCGUACCCGUGCCGAUCGAGGUUCCUCUGACCCGUCGUGACGCGGGCUCCCAGCAGAUCGGCUUUCUUUUGGGAAGCUGCGGCAUUCAGGUGGCGUUGACGAGCGAAGCCUGUCUAAAAGGACUGCCGAAGACCGCAGCCGGUGAAGUGGUAGCGUUCAAAGGAUGGCCGAAACUUCAUUGGUUCGUGACAGGACAUUUGGGCAAGACGCCCAAAGAUUGGCUACCUCCACCUCGACUGACCGACGACACUCCGGCGUACAUCGAGUACACCACCGACAAGGAUGGCUCCGUAAUGGGGGUCACGGUGACGAGGUCGGCGAUGCUGACGCAUUGCCGUGCGUUGACGCAGGCCUGCGGAUACACGGAGGGCGAGAACGCGGUCUGCGUUCUGGACUUCAAGCGGGAGGUCGGCCUCUGGCACAGUACCCUGACCAGCGUUUUGAACGGGAUGCACGUCAUCUUCAUUCCCUAUGCUCUGAUGAAGGUGAAUCCCGCCAGUUGGAUGCAGAUGAUCACGAAACAUCGGGCCAGCGUGGCUGUGGUCAAGUCGCGAGACCUUCACUGGGGUCUCCUCGCCACGAAGGACCACAAGGAUAUCUCGUUGUCGUCGUUGAGGUUGCUGCUGGUGGCCGACGGCGCGAACCCUUGGUCCCUAUCCUCCUGCGACCAGUUCCUCUCGGUAUUUCAGUCGAAAGGAUUGCGACCGGACGCCGUGUGUCCGUGCGCGUCUUCCAGCGAGGCUCUGACAGUCUCUGUAAGGAGGCCGGGUCGCGCCGGCGUGAACGCCACCGGGCGAGGCGUACUCUCUAUGUCCGGACUGAGCUACGGAGUUGUCAGAGUGGACCAGGAAAAUUCUUUGACGUCGCUGACGCUUCAGGACUGCGGUCAAGUCAUGCCAGGAAGUAUCGUGGUGGUGAUCAAAAUGGAAGGACAGCCGUUCAUUUGCAAAACCGACGAAGUUGGCGAGAUUUGCGUGCACAGUUCGGCGACCGGGAAUCAGUACUGGGGACUACAAGGGCUAACGAACAACACGUUCAAAGUGUCUCCAUUGCAACCCGAUGGCAGUCCGCUCGGCGACGUGGAGUACACGCGAUCCGGGUUGCUGGGCUUUCUAGGUCCCGGUGGCUUGGUGUUCGUCUGCGGUUCGCGCGACGGCCUCAUGACCGUCACCGGCAGAAAACACAACGCCGACGACAUUAUCGCUACGGUUCUGGCAGUGGAGCCUAUGAAGUUUAUUUAUCGUGGGAGAAUUGCCGUGUUCAGCGUUCGAGUUCUGAGGGACGAGAGAAUAUGCGUCGUUGCGGAGCAACGACCGGAUUGCAGCGAAGAAGAGAGUUUCCAAUGGAUGUCGCGAGUUCUCCAAGCAGUGGAUUCGAUCCACGCCGUUGGAAUCUACUGUCUGGCGCUGGUACCACCCAACUAUUUGCCAAAGACGCCGCUCGGCGGUAUACACCUGUCCGAAACGAAACGACGUUUUCUAGAGGGUACCCUACACCCGGCUAAUGUUCUGCUUUGUCCGCACACUUGCGUUACCAAUCUACCGAAACCACGCGAAGUCCAUUCAGCGGGGGAUUCUGUUGCAGACGUUGGUCCGGCCAGUGUGAUGGUGGGCAACAUUGUUCAGGGUAAUAGACUGGCCUCCGCCCAAGGACGGGACAUGGGCGUCUUAGACGAGGACAGUGAUAACGCUAAGAAGUAUCAAUUCAUCUCGGAGAUUCUACGGUGGCGAGCAGUCAGCACCUCCGAUCAUGUGAUAUUCACGUCGUUGAACGCGAAGGGUGCUGUCGCGACUGCCAUCUCCUGCUCGCAGUUGCACAAGAAAGCCGAGCGAAUCGGGAAUCUGUUGCUGGACCGCGGACGAAUCAAUACUGGGGAUCACGUGGCAUUAAUAUUUCCGCCCGGUACAGACUUGAUAUGCGCGUUUUACGGCUGCCUGUACGUCGGAGCGGUGCCAGUUACCAUCAGGCCGCCGCAUCCGCAAAAUCUCCAGACAACUUUGCCAACCGUUCGCAUGAUCGUGGACGUUAGUAAGUCGGUGCUCGUGCUCACCAAUCAGAAUAUCCUGAAACUCUUGAAAACAAAGGAGGCGAACAACGUGGUCGAAGUAAAGAGCUGGCCGACUAUUCUCGAUAUGGACGACAUGCCAAAGAAGAAGCUACCUGUUAUGUAUCGAGCUCCAACAGCAGAAAUGCUGGCUUACCUGGACUUCAGUGUCUCGACAACGGGUAUGCUGGCAGGAAUAAAAAUGUCCCACGCAGCGGUGACUUCCUUGUGCCGUGCCAUGAAACUUGCCUGCGAGCUGUACCCGUCCAGACAUAUCGCUUUAUGCUUGGACCCGUACUCCGGACUCGGAUUUGCACUAUGGUGUUUAAGCAGUAUAUACAGCGGACAUCAUUCCAUACUUAUUCCGCCAUCGGAGGUGGAAGCUAACCCAGCACUGUGGCUGUCCGCCGUCAGCCAGUCCAGAGUAAGAGACACGUUCUGUUCGUACGGCGUGAUGGAGCUGUGCACGAAGGGCCUCGGAUCCUCUGUUCACGCUCUGAAGGCUCGCGGCGUCAGUUUAGCCUGUGUGAGAACGUGCGUGGUCGUUGCCGAGGAAAGACCACGAAUCGCUCUCACCACGAGCUUCAGCAAGCUUUUCUCUGCUCUGGGUCUCAGUCCUCGCGCGGUGUCCACCUCCUUCGGUUGCAGAGUGAACACGGCCAUCUGCUUACAGGGUGCAUCAAGUCCGGAACCAUCGACGGUAUACGUGGACCUCAGAGCUCUGCGAAACGAUCGGGUGUCUUUGGUCGAAAGGGGCAGUCCGCACUCUUUGUGCUUGAUGGAAUCGGGAAAGCUGCUGCCCGGAGUGAAAGUGAUCAUCGCGAAUCCUGAGACUAAAGGACAAUGUGGAGAUUCCCACUUGGGUGAGAUAUGGGUGCAGUCGGCUCACAACGCUAGCGGCUACUUCACGAUCUACGGGGACGAGAGCGAUUACGCGGAUCACUUCAACGCUCGCCUCGUCACCGGAAACACGAACGAGGUGUACGCGAGAACCGGUUACCUAGGUUUCUUGAGGCGCACCGAGAGCGUACAGCAGUCAGUGAUCAGCGACGUCCCCGGCGAUACGUCCGCGGCGGAAGCGGAUCUCGUUCCCGGCGACGCCGAGUUACACGACGCUGUCUUCGUCGUUGGCGCCCUGGACGAAGCUAUUCUACUCAGAGGAAUGCGGUAUCAUCCGAUCGACAUCGAAAAUAGCGUGAUGAGAUGUCACAAGAAGAUCGCGGAAUGCGCCGUGUUCACGUGGACCAACCUGCUGGUAGUCGUGGUGGAGCUCGACGGCAGCGAGAGCGAGGCUCUGGAUCUGGUGGCUUUGGUGACCAGCGCCGUUCUCGAGGAGCACCACUUGGUGGUGGGCGUGGUGGUGGUAGUGGAUCCCGGAGUGGUCCCGAUAAACUCGCGCGGCGAAAAGCAACGAAUGCACCUGCGGGAUGGUUUUCUGGCGGAUCAACUCGAUCCCAUUUACGUCGCGUACAACAUGUGAGCGGCGACAAGACACCUGGCUGGUACCGUACAUUCCAGUCGCGUUGUCACCGCUCACGGCUAUCCUCGACCUCGACGCAAGGUCAUCGGCCGAUUUCGCGACCCGAAUAUUCGCUGUUCCUCGAAGAGACCGGUUUCCCGUUGCAGGGGAAAAACCAUCGAGAGGGUGUCGCGAGGAUCUCGCUCCCGUAUUUUUCAAAAAAGUCUCGUCCCCGAACGAUUUUCGCUCCUUCUUCGAGAGAGCUACGCGCGAACCCGCCGCGUCCGUUGACGGCCAAAGAACCACGAGGCAAAAAUCCAAGACAGGCAGGCGGUUACAAGAUGCUAGUUGUUUCACCGUUACGCACACACUUCUAUUUCGUCGUCGUAGUUUCCGCCAAUAGGAGCGGCGCCGAGUAAGAUUGCGGGCAAUGAUUAUAGGAAGACGGAUAAAGCUCGUCGAUGGAACGAUUGUAACCAUCGAUUCCGCGCUGAGAGCUAGCUACGGAGAAAAAGGAUGAUGGAAAACCGUUUUGAAACGAUACUGUACCGAUACUGAUAUCGAUAUACCGAUACUGACGCUGACGCUGACACUAAUAUACCGAUAUCGAAACUGAUACCGAGCAUCGCAUCGGAUGCUCGGAAGGAUCAAAGAGACUAGCUAGCUCGCGUAACCGUAACCGUUGUUGGUCUGCCAUAGCUGUCAGCGCGCAGCUUGGACAAGCGACAGUCCACGUCGAAUCCACCGGACCGUCGAGGCGACGACGGCUAGUAAUAUCAUUGGUUGUUUAUGAACGGCAUCGGAACGGUAGUGAGCUUUUUUUUACCAGUGAAAGAAACAAACGGGAAACCGACCGAGUUAUUUUAACGGGUGAUCUAAGGCAUCGAUUGGCACAGCUUGCUGGUCGGAUCGAACGAUCGUGUCCCGCGAGUACUAUAUUCGUGUAUACAACUGUCUCUGGUGUCUAUUAAAAAAAAAGAAGAGGAGGCGGAAACAAGAAAAAAAAAAGAAAUAAGAAUUUGAUACACUUUUGUCGUAGACCCGUGUAGCUUAACGGAUUUUUUACUACGUAAAGAGUAACGAUUAGCCAACGUGUAAUCUAUAUUCUAUCGUAACGUGAAAAGUUUUAACUGUCGACAGUUUUUUCUAAUGUAUCGCCGCUGAACGACACACACGCUCACGCGUACGUACAUACGUUGCAAUGCGUUGCAAUGCGUGACGUAGAACACGCAUGCUCGGUGGUAACGGUGAAGAGA